UGAACAUUUACCCAGCAGGUAAACUGAACCAUGGCGGCGAGAGGCCAUGUGCAGGAUCCCAACGACAGGAGACUCAGACCGAUAUACGAUUACCUUGACAAUGGAAACAAUAAAAUGGCGAUACAACAGGCAGACAAGCUGCUGAAGAAACAUAAGGACCUGCACUGUGCCAAGGUCCUCAAAGCGAUCGGUCUUCAGAGGACCGGGAAGCAGGAUGAAGCUUUCACUUUGGCACAGGAGGUGGCCACUCUAGAGCCCACUGACGACAACUCGCUGCAGGCUCUGACUAUCCUUUACAGAGAGAUGCACCGCCCUGAAUUGGUUACAAAGCUUUAUGAGGCUGCAGUGAAGAAGGUUCCUCUCAGCGAGGAGUAUCACUCUCACCUCUUCAUGGCGUACGCUCGCGUCGGGGAGUACAAGAAGAUGCAGCAGGCUGGAAUGGCGUUGUAUAAAAUCGUCCCCAAGAACCCGUAUUACUUCUGGUCUGUCAUGAGUCUGGUGAUGCAGGCCAUCUCCGCACAAGAUGAAAAACUGGCUCAAACAAUGUUCCUUCCUUUGGCUGAACGUAUGGUGGAGAAAAUGGUCAAAGAGGAGAAGAUUGAAGCAGAAGCAGAGGUACAGCUCUAUUUUAUGAUUCUUGAGCGUUUGGGGAAGUGUGUCGAGGCUCUCGAAGUGAUCAGAGGCCCACUUGGGGAGAAGCUGACCAGUGAGCUGCAGAGCAGAGAAAGCAAAUGUAUGCUGCUCUACCAGAGACUACAACGCUGGCCCGAGUGUAACGCCUUAGCCCACAAGUUGCUGCUCAAAAAUCCUGAUGACUGGCAGUUCUACCCCUCCUACUUCGACUCUCUCUUCCACCUGAUGGAUCAGUCGUGGAGCCCGCCAGAAGAAGGAGAACACUGCUCGGAGGGCUCAGUUCAUCACACUGUGGCUGAAGUUGUGAGGUUUGUGGAGGAGAGAAUUAAAGGAGAGGAGGGCAAAGAGUCUCGCUCACUCAGAGGACCAUUUUUAGCUCAACUUGAAUUAAUGCACAGACUGAGAGAACGAGGAUGUCCGGAAGAAAACCUGCUUGGUGAGCCUUUAGACCUGAUGGUGCAGUUCUUUGGGAAGUUUGGAGACAAACCAUGCUGCAUAACCGACCUCAAAAUAUACCUGCACCUUCUCUCUCCUGAUCAACAUGUUCAGUUCAUAAACCGUCUGAGUGAGGCGGUUCCUCUAGGCGAGCAGGGGGACGACGGCUUCGCGUUUCCAGACGACACCAAAGCGCUCCAGAGACAUCUGUGUGUUUGCCAGCUGAGCCGAGCGCUCGGCCUCCAUCACACCCUCGACGUGGACGGCAAGCUGCGGCUCAUCACAGAGCUCAAGGCUCGCUAUCGUCAUGGACUCAAGUUUGGGAAGACGGCCCUGAAGACAGAGCUGCAGUUCUCCGACAUGUACUGUCUCAUGGCAGCUCACGUUUAUAUCGACUUAUGGAAGGAGACCGGGGAUGAGAACAUGGUGUGGCAGUGUCUGGGCGUCCUGCAGGAGGGUCUCUCUCACAGCCCGUCUAACGCUCAGUUCAAGCUGCUGCUGCUGCUCCUUUACUGUCACCUGGGAGCCUUCGAGCCCGUCGUCGACCUUUACUCCAGCCUGGACGCCAAGCAUGUACAGCACGACACCAUAGGGUUCCUGUUAACACGUUACGCUGAGUCUUUGGGUCAGUUUGCUGCAGCCUCCCAGUCCUGUAAUUUCUCCCUCAGGUUUUUCCACUCCAACCAGAAAGAUACCUCAGAGUACAUCAUCCAGGCGUACAAGUAUGGAGCGUUUGAGAAAAUCCCAGAGUUCAUUGCUCUCAGGAACAGGUUGAACCAGUCGCUGCACUUUGCUCAGGUCCGCACUGAGAGGAUGCUGCUGGAUCUGUUCCUCGAAGCCGAUAUUGUUUUGAGCCUGGAGGAGAGCGUGAAGGCGAUGUCUCUGUCAGCAGAGGAGGACGACAUCCCCUGGGACAACAUGAGGGACAACAGAGACCUGACUGUUUUUACCUGCUGGGACCCUAAAGACAGGCAGUUAACCGAGGAGCACAGACGUCAGUCUCUGGAAGAGGAGUCGGUCUGGUUGAGGAUACGCUCUCUCACACUUCGCCUCCUCGCCUCUUUGGCCUCUCUCAGUCACACACCGUCACAACAAAACUCUGAGAUUUCAAACGAGAACGGAGUCGGAGACAAGACGUCGAUCCUCAGCAGCCUGCUCACUCAGCUCAACCAGACGCUGCAGACGGCUGCUCAGCUAGCGGAAAAACACAUACAGUAUCCAUUCCUGGGACCCCCCUCAGCCCGCCUGGCCACAGCUCUGUCCAGCGGGAGCUGUCAGUGUCAGGCUGCAGCUUUCCAGCUGUCUGUGCACCUGCAGGAGCUCGACACAGCCGGGCUCGACGAGUCGUCAGAGCUUCAAAACCAGAUCUGUAACGGUUUCAAAUCAUUAGUAGUUCAGCUUCAAGAAAUUCUGAAUAAAUGCAAAGGGGAUUUAUUGGAAAUGAACGAGAGCAAAUUAAAAACACAGCCCUCCUUAUUAGAAAACCUAAUCUUCUUUGUCGAGACGAUGUGCAUAGCCUUGUGGAUGGCGAGUAACUGUGCAAAGAUCCUCCGACCGCUGAAGACGAGUCUACAGAAGAAGAAAAAGAAGAAAAAGGAUGCAAACACAGCCAUGCCGGCCGUGGUGUGCGGGUUCCAGGAGCUGACGGGGAGCUUGCAGGACCUGCUCACUCAGAGUCUGGAGCAUAUAAAGGGGCAGGAGACGAGCAUAACGGCCCUUAAACUGGCCAGUUUAAGCUUGGAAGGAUUCCCACAGGAUGAAGCGUCGUUUAUGAAGGCUGCUAUGGACAAGGUGCAGAGCAGUUACCUGCGCUCUCUACAGGAGGUGGGAGAUCUGCUCAAGAAGAGAGCAGAGACUAUAAAGAACCUCAAGAUCUGAUCACCAUCACCCCCUAAAAUAAAGACGACUAUACCCCCUUACACACCCCUCAUCAGCCCGCCAAUGCCCCCGCUCCACCGUCUGUCAGCACACCAGCUAAACCCCCAGACUCCCCCUAGCCCAGACACACCGUCGUUUCUGACCUCCUUCCUCUCCUGCAUCACUCAGCGUUUGUGAGCUCUCUGCCUGUUUUUCUUUUUUUUUAAAUUUUAUUUCUUCAACAAUGUCCUCUGGAACAUUUGCAACUCUUAUAGCACACAAGCUUGUAAGUAAACUCCUGAAUUUAUACAGCAGAUAUACGCAAAACGAGGGAAAAAAAGACACGCCUCUUUUUAAAAAAGAAACAUAACUAGAGCAGAUUAGGCAGAAUGAAUACGCAGUUUUAGAUGAACUAAUCUAAUAAAUUAUUGUACAUAGUAAAGAGCAACUCCUUCAGCUAAAUGAGAAUAUAAGACACAGUAUACCACUAUUCUGUUUCUGUUUCUGCUUUGAUUUUGUUUUUCUUGUGACUCCGAGGACAAUCACACACACACAGACAUUCGGACUGUUAACACUAAGGAGGAAAAAUCGAUCCAUGUGCAUCUUUUCCAGCUGUUUCUCUCCGUCAAAUCAAGCAGGCACAAUUUUCAUCAAAGUGAUGGAUGUAUGGACGCCUGGCUACCUGCAGACUGAAGUUUCUCCUCAUGAUUAUUUCGUCUUCUCUUCAUCCUUUUCUUUUUUUUUGCUUUGUGUCUGUCGUGUGUUGCUUUGGUACUGAAUGUGGAGCCACCUCUGUAGUUGCAGUAUUAUAAAGAGACGUGGUGGGAUGAGUUUAAAAAAUAACAGGACGUUUUUUUAAAAAAGACACCAGAAUUUUCUGCUGAUGUUUGUUUUUUUUCUUCUUUUCUUUAAGUUCAAUUAGAAGUGGUGCUUGUAAGCAUGUCUGUUGUGGAAACGGGUUGUUCCAGCACAAAACCAGAUCAAACCAGGCUGAUAGAUAUUAAUGUAAAAGACAGUUUGUGAUCAUGUUGAAGGGGAAAUUUUAAUUUUUAAAGUUUGGUCCUAUUUUUGCAUAUUUUUCAGCGUAAAUGACUAAGGCGUUGUGUCCACAGCUGCUGUUUUUUUGCAGUGGUGCUGAUUUUCAGAGCUCAGCUCCCCUUCGGGUGCAACUGUUUUGGCCAAUCAAAAUCAAGGAGGAGAAGGACUUUACAAACCAAAUUUUUCAGCAAUAAUUAUGUGGAAGAAAUCAACCUGAUUUGUCUUUUUCAAGGUUAAGUUUCCAACUCUGCAAAUGCAAGGACAGGAUUCAUUAACAUUGCUUUUCUUGGUGGUAUUUCUUAGAAUAAAAUAUUUAAGUGCAUGGAGCUGUUCAAAUCAAUGCUAUGAACGCUUCAGAGGAAAACAGAAGUGUUAACCUAGCCACUAUGAACGCUGGCAAAAGCACCAACAAAAAGGCAGCUGUGGACACAGACCAAAAUGGUUUAAAAUGAAGGAUUACUUUAGUAGAUUGUGUUAUCCAGGCUGCAAAAGAGGACGCUCAGAUUGCAUCGUCGUAGCUGUUGUCGCACUCACUCUGUAUGUUUACAUGCAACUAGAAAAAGCAGACUUAUUGUUUUAACAAAACUAAAACUAGAUGCAAUCAUGUUAACCCAUCUAAAAUCAUACCAAAGAAGAAUUUCUUGCAGUCAGACAAACACAUGUAGGUAAUGCAAUUAAAGAUAGAUCGACUCUUGCAUGUACACACCUCAAUCAGACCCAGUCUGGAUGAGGCGUUCUGCACGUGCCUACAGUUUCCAAGCCCGGAUUUCUCCCAGAGAUAAAGCAGCAUAAAUGUUAGGCAUAGCAGAAGUAGCAUUUGCCAUCUGCCUAUGGUGGUAAGCAUACUGGAGCGUGGACAUUACUCCAGUUAAACAAGUCAUUGAGCUAUCGACAGCUCGACUUUCUAUGCAUGUAAACGUACUGACUGACUAAUGCACAGUUCCCCAGUUUAUCCUAAAGGCCAAAUUACGUAAGUUACUCCAGAUGUUACUGAUGCUUUCAUUACCAUUAUUUAAAACCAGAAUAAGAAGACAGGGAGGUAGAAGGAUUCAGAAUUCUUAGACCUUGUAUUAAGGUUGCAUUAGGGAAAGUUCAGGCAUAGGUACAGUGAGCAUACUCUGUCACAUGUACAUCAUUUUACUCUUUGUAUGAAAUUAUGUCCAGUUAAAUUUGAAGGACACAGAAAGCUGCAGCAAGACUUGUACUUUAAAGAACAGCUUUAUUAGAUCGAUGCAUUUCAGCUUGUAGCUUUCAUCAAGGUCAUCCUGGAUGACCCUGGCUGAAGUGUUGCAGGAGCUCUCUUGUGCCCUUCAAGACUUUCUCCAUCCUCCAUGCACCUUGAAAGUUGCAAGGAAGAUGACUACUUCAGUUCAGCAAGAUUAUGUUUGUCCUAAAUUAUGGCUAGUGUCCACUGGACUAGUGAGGAAAAAAUGUGCUUGCUUGAGUAGUUGGCAUCUGCUUUGCUUAAGAUGGCUCUGAUAAAAGCACAUCCACUGAAAGAUGGAGCUCAGAGCUCAGCAUUUUUUUAAGUGUUUAACAACUUUACAGAAAUGAUCCAGAUGCAACCACCUUAUGAGAGCAAAAUCCUAUUUUGAUGCCAGAAACUGCUACUAAAUUACUCUCUUCAAAGCCACCAAACCCUGAUAUCAAAAUCUGAAAUGAUGGCGCACAGAUGGCCCAGUGUUAAGUUUGUCGACUAAAAAUGUUCUUCGACAGCCUUUAUUUCCACGUCAGAAAUUAGACUAAAACUUACAAGAUGUCAUCAAGAUGGCUAAAACUAGACUAAAAUGUAGUUCAGUUUUUUCAGACAUUCAAAACUCGUGAUAUUUCUCCACUGUGGGUAAAUCUGUCAAAAAACAAUGCAGCUGUAUCUAUUCUGCCUCUUAGAAGUCGGAAGCAGGGACCCCAGGUUUUGUAGGAUACAAAGAACACACUGCCAUGCCAGAUUUAGGCUAGAGAAUAAGUGCUUGGACUAAAAAUAAAGAUUAAAAUUUGAGGACUUUUUAUUGACUAAAGCUAGACUAAAAUGUUGAGUUUUCGUCGACUAAAACCAAGGGGGAAAAAUGACAAAAUAUGACUAAAACUAAAAGACCUGUUCAAAAGAAAAAAAGCCCCAAUAGUCUGUCUUUAAAAACCAAAAUUGUACCUUGCAGUGUAUGAGAGUCAUCUGUCUACUUUUUCCUGUAACAGCCCGAUAUUUUUUUCUCGUGUAAAAGAAGUAUCGCUUCCAGAAUUUCAAACCAUCAUUGACUCUAGCUAAACCAAACUGCACAGUUCUGCCUGUUUCAGAACCAAAAAUGAAAAGUCUGAAGCACCCGAAAUUGUGCAAUUUCUUGUUUGCAAUUCUCCAAAAAUGCAAGAAAACUCCAGCACACAGUCUAAAUUACACAAUGCAUCAGCAGCAUUUCAGUACAGAACUUUUUUGUGCAACUUAACAGUUCUCUGUCUUUCUUUAGGCAACAGCUUUUUGAAAGUAUGACUGAAAACAUGCAUAGUUUAUUAAAGCUUCCCUUCUUUCUGAUAAUAUUGAGAUUAUACCUUUUUAAAAUGCAUGGCAGUGAAAAAAUACCAAAGAAUUUAAGAUUCUGACAACCCUAGUUUGAUAAUAACAUGAAGCUUCUGUGCUCUGCUGGUUAAAAUGGGGUGUGCAGUAUACUUUUCAGUUAUUUGGAGCAUCUUUUCUGUAUCACUGUCAGACAAUUUGAAUAAUCUGAGCCAUUUGGUGGAAGGAAUUAACGCUUUUAGAGGACGUGCAUUAAAAGACUGCAUGAAAACCAUUGCAACCAACUUUGCAGCUGCUCAGAGGCGAUCUACUGGAGCGGUUCCUUAACUUUAUUUACUGAUUUGUUUGUUUAAAAGGUGUGCAAAAGUAGUGUCCAGCUUUAAAAAAUUCCCCUUUAAAUAUCAAGGUAUUCCACAAACAUCAGUUUCUUUCUGAAGUCAUUCACAGUUUAUCAUUUUUGUGGCCCUAAAAGGCAUUGAAUGUCUUUAAAGCAGUGUAAAAAUGUGCUUGCAUGUAAGAAAGCUGCAACCAUUAGUAGCUCAAGCCAUCAGCUGGUCAAAAGGAAAUUUAAAUCCCAAACGUUUACUAGUUUCAGCUUCUUAAAUGUGAAGAUGUGCUGCUUUUCUUUGAUUGUAAACGAGUCUUUUGGUUCGACAUAUGAAGCAAUAUGAAGACUUUGAAUCUAAUAUUUGAUAAUGAAAGUAGACGUAUGCAGCCUCAGCUACUUUUUAAUAGAUAUGAAGACAAAACUACAAAUGCAAAAAUGACCACCUCUUGCCACAUGCUAGAAUGAAUGUUUCAGCGUUAAAUACUCCAUAGACAGAAACUUUUACAUGAUUUUGUCUCGUCUGCUCUUGACCUGAUUGUACAGUUGUUUUCAGCCUCUCCUGGCACACGAAGCUCCUCCUUUUUUUUGUUUUUAGCAACCUUUGGACCUAACUGUAAAUAAAGUUGAGGCAGCGUUUUUGCAGUACAGUGUGAAAGGAAGUUGGUGUGUUUUUAAAGCAGCUGCUGUAGAUACGAUGACACCUGUCCUGUGUUCGGUUUUGUUUUUAUUUCUGCUUUAGAUGUCGACCCAGAGCUUAUCUCAUUAACGACACCAGCUUCUUUAUAUUGUUAAUUUUUGAGAAGUCAGCAUAAAUAAGCUCAUAAUCUGAGGUAAAAGCAGACAAAUCUGAGCACUGAUGGACGCCUGCAGGUUGUGUGCAGUUUCUUUUGCUAUUAUUAUUAAUUUGGCAACAAAAUGUGAAAAUGUGAAUAAAAGUGCAUCCCCCUCCCUUCCUGUUAGCCUUGUAUCCUGUCGCACAUCUGCCACUAGUAAUAAACGACGCCGUUUCUUCUUCUUUUCUUUUGUUUAUGAAGACUCCAUUUCCCCAUCUGUUUGAAUGGACCCUCAGAGAAGACGUUUGUGUUGUUGAGGUUCAGAUUAAUGGUUGACAAUCUGGAGCGUCAUCUCACCACCCUCUUUUGUUAGAAAAUGGAAAACAGAAACACUGGAAUGUCAAAGCUUUUUUAAAUAAAAAAUAAUGUAAAUGUGA